UAUACUGUGAUUAUAAAUCCUGUAGUAUGUGAUGUUUGUAAUUGCAGUAUUAGGUGAGACUCGCCAUUGUUAUUCUUUGUGUCCUCCAAAACCACACACACACACACGCACACGUAUUUGAGCUCAGUGCAUGUUGUUGUUCAUUCACCGUCUGCCUGUAACUCACAUGUGCCUGCAACUAUUCUGUAAACUGAACAAACUGAUCUCUCAUCUCCUGUCAUUGUGUCCUGAUCGACGCCCCGUGGCGAAUAGAGCAUAGCUCCUCAAAGAAACAGCUCUAUAGUCCUUUUUAACUAAGUCUAUCCAACACAAAGUUUAUCUUAAAGUCGUGGUAGAGAAACCUAACUGCUGUUUAGGCUGUCUUAUUGGCUGUCAACUUUCUGCUCUGUGUCUGCUGUAUUGACUGUACAUAAUCUUUCCUGUUUUACAUCUGUCUCUUUUUCCAUAUGUUUGAAGAUUUCAACUUGACCUUCCUCAACACUCUGAUUGACAAACCUCAUUUGUCUUAAGGUUUGUAUAGGAUUACAUCAUUCUAUUAGCAGUCCAUUCUCUCCUUGCCUCCUUCUUAUCUUUUUGUUUUGUUCAGGAUGCCACGGAAGGGAAAGCGCUCUCAGGCCCAGAAGCUGCGCUGGACCAAGCUGGACCAGGACAGCCCACGGGCCUCUCCCCCCCGUACUGCUGACGCAUCUUCCCGUGCCAAUUACGGGACAGGUGUUCGUCUGCCAGUCAACCCGUGGCCAGUUUCUCCCUUUUCAGGGAAGCAACAUAAACUGGUCAUUCCAGCCGAUGCACCAGACAAAAAGUUUGUUUUGGUCAUCGGUGACUCCCAUCUACGAGGCCUCGUAGAUGGAGUCCAUCAGAUGCCGCCCGAACGUUUCUCCUUCGGCUUCAUGUCCACACCGGGGGCCUGUGCUGCCGAGUUAAGGACUGAGGUCAGAAAUGCUGUUCUGCCUCGGGACCCUGACUUGGUCUGUGUUUUGGCCCCUGGCAACAACGUGGAAGCCAGUUGCACCGUCGAGCAAUCCGGGAGAGACUUCGGCCUGCUUCUGACCAGCGUCCGCAGUCGCUGGCCUCAGCUGUAUGUCAUGGACUUUGUUCCACGCCUGACUGUAGAGGCAGGACUGCAGGAACUCCUACGCCAGGAGUUUCAUCGUGUGGCAGCACGAAUGGGUGUCAUGUACCUGUCCGUGGCUGAGCACUUUCCCCUCGGACGUCGUGAACUGUGGUGCAAAGAUGGCGUGCACCUCAGUGACACGGAGGGGAUGAACAUCUUGGUGCAGCUGUUGUGGGGAGCCACAUACAAACAGUUUCUGACACCAGCUCCUGUGCAACAGCUUUCCCCAAAAUCGACAUCCUCUCCGAGACGCUUCUCCCCAAUACUCGUUGUGAGGGGAGAAGCAACUGUGGCCCAGCCAAACGACCCAUUUGACUGGGCAGUUGUUGGACGAGGCAGAAAGGGACAGCCAGCACCAGCCAUGGCUCAGGCUCCUCCCCUUCCGCUGAAUCCCGUGGUCUUCUCCCCUGAGGUCUUGGAUGUGAUGGAUCAGUUUGUUCCGUCACAGCUUGAGACUCCCGUUAGCCCGGCGAGUCCAAAGAAAACCAAACCAAAGAGGAGACUGACCAAGAAGGACGCUAAACCACGUGCUGCAGUGUCUCUGAAGACAAAAACCGCCAGUGCUGUGUCUGGACCUGCACCAGCUUCUCCUAGACAGGUGACUCGGGUAUCUGCACCAACCGCAGAGCUCAGCGCAGCUGAGGAUGCACCCUCCUCCUCACGUGCUCCUGUUGAACAACUGCCUGAGACCCCUUCACCCACCAAACACACCUGGACGGUUACAGACACACUCAGCCCCUUUCAAUCUCCAGUUAGGAAGAUGAUGAAAACUGGACCACCCCCAGCAACAUCCUCCAUCAUCCUGGACGAUGCACCCUCCUGCUCCUACGACCCAGUUGGAAAGGUGACUCAGGCAGCUGCACCCACCGGAGAGCCCAGCGCAGUGAAGGAUGCAGCCUCCUGCUCAAGUUCUCCUGUUGAACCACAGCCUGAAACCCCUUCACCAACCACACCGACCUGGACAAUGCGACAUGGACUCAGCCCCUUACUGUCUCCAGCUAGAAAGAUGAUGAAAACUGCAACACCACCAGGAAAAUCAUCAAUCCUGCUGGACGAUGAACCCUCCUGCUCCCACGACCCAGUUGGAAUUGCUUCAGCCAGGCGGGAGGAGCAUUCCCUGAGGGCGACACAUUCGCAGAACGACUCAAGGUACACGUCGUUCUCUCGAAAUCACCAGUGUACCUGCAUUGCUCUAACCUUCCUGGCCUUCCAAAGUGAAGACGUGCUCUUCACCACACCUCACCUCGACCGAGUUCUCGAACAGGGAGAUUCGCUCUAUGUUGCUAUUAAGCAACAGCUCCUGUUCGAGAAAAGGUUCCAUAGCAACCACCUAGCUGUUGAAGAACUGCCCCGCCAAGUUCUCACAGAUGAAAACAUCUACGGUGUGCGCUUGUCCGAUGUGAGGUGUGGCUAUCUGAAGGCACAAGUCAACAGCCCAGGAAGGAAGCAAUGGUGGCUGCCCCUGGCUAAACAGCUGAAGUGCCUCUCUAGAGAUGUGAGCCUCGCUUUGCUCCUGGUCUCUCCCGAGUGCUUUGCGGUGUUUCGCACCAGAUCUGGUGAGUAUGGUAUCUUUGAUUCCCAUUCAAGGAGUGCCAGAGGUUUGCCUUCCCCAACUGGAAGAGCAAUUCUGAUGACGUUCACCCACCUCCAUGGUCUGGUCAACCACAUCCACAGGCUUUUCAGGGAGCGCAGUGCUUAUUCCAGCUAUGAGUUUGUGCCUCUUUCUUUUGAAAGAGAAGUGGCCUCACCACCACGACCACCCCCACAGAGCAACGUGACAGCAGAUGUCACAGAGAGCAAUGUGGAGGACGCACCUCAACCUGCAGCACCCAAACUGUGUGAGGAGGACCAAGACCAUGUGAGCAGUGUGGAGGACUUACCUCAACCUGAAGCACCCGAAGUACGUGAGGAGGACCAAGACCAAGUGAGCAGUGUGGAGGACUCCCCUCAAUCUGAAGCACACAAAAUGUGUGAGGAGGACCACUACCAAGAGAGCAGCUCAUGUAUUAUGCCAAACCUCAUGUUCAAGACAAAAAGAAAGAAAAAAUGGUCCGACGAUACAAAACAAAUCCUGAUCUUCAGAAAGUAA